CUCACUCCCUCUUCCAAUCUCCCAUGGACUCCGAAUCCGAUUCCGACGGCUCUCACGUCUCUGCCACUCCUCCACGCGACGACAUUUCGCCGCCGCCGCCCCGGCCGCUCAAACAGAGGGCUAGACCAACCCCCUCUUCACGCUCCUCCGCCAGAGCGGCCGCUCCAAAGCCCCAAAACCACCGUCCGCCGAAACCCUCAAACCUUCCCUCCCAAGAUCCGACUCCGGUGUCAACACCAUCUCCACUCUCUACCGCGCCUUUCCAUGUCCGUCGUCCGCUGGAUCCACCGGAAACCGUCGCCGCCGUCGAUUCCUUCCGGAUUCUCGCAGCUGGCCACUUCUCCAAAUCCGCUUCGUUUUCCAAACUUCAAAGAUCUUCUCUCAACUUCGAGAAUGAGGAAUCUAAUCUAGCCGGAACCAAAUCGGAGCUCAAGAGUGAAACUGUGGAGAGAGACGGAUCAGCUGUCAACUCCACAAGUUCAGUGAAAGCUAUGCGGAAGAACCUGAAUUUGAUUAGAGGUAAUGUGCCUCUUCCUCCGGCGAAGCUGCGAAAGAGUGGUGGAGAAGGCAAUUUUGUUAGGCUUAAUCUGAACCACAACAACUACCGGCGCAAAUUCCUCAGCAAAAGUGCGAGGAAGAAUAGCCGCUCAUCAGGUUUUAAACGAUUCCCGAAAAGAAGAAAGGGGAAAUCCAGGGCUGAAACUGAGUCUCAAACGGAAGGCGUUUUUGAGGAAGAAGGACUGGUCACAGAUUCCACGAAACAAAAGGAUAGGCAGGAGAGUGAGAGGAAGAAGUUCGAUAGCGAAUUCGUUGAGGGGGCUCUUUCGGCUGUUAGAAAUGACGCUUCAGAUGUGAAUUUGGUGAAGCUGUUGAAAUUGGUGUAUGGUUACGAUUCAUUCCGUGAUGGACAAUUGGAGGCCAUCAGGAUGGUUCUUGCGGGGAAACCAACUAUGCUGGUUUUGCCAACUGGUGCCGGCAAAUCCUUGUGUUAUCACAUACCUUCCAUGGUCUUACCUGGGAUUACCCUGGUAGUGAGCCCUUUAGUGGCUUUGAUGAUUGAUCAGCUAAAACAGUUGCCUCCGUUGAUUAGCGGUGGUCUUUUGUGUAGCAAUCAGACGUUGCAAGAGACAUUAGAGACACUGAGGCUACUCCAAGAAGGUAGCAUUAAGGUGCUUUUUGUUUCUCCAGAAAGGUUCCUGAAUGAGGACUUCAUGGCAAUAUUUUCUACUGAUCUACUUGUGUCACUUGUGGUGAUCGAUGAAGCUCACUGCCUAUCUGAAUGGUCACACAACUUUCGGCCUUCGUAUACCAGACUCAGGGCUUCCCUGUUUCGUGUUAGGCUCCAUGUUAAUUGUAUUCUUGCAAUGACAGCAACAGCCACUUCAACAACUUUGGAUGCAGUAAUGGGCGCAUUAGAAAUUCCCUCUUCCAAUCUUAUCCAGAAGGUCCCAUUAAGGGAUAACCUGCAGUUAUUCAUCUCCUUGAGUCAUAACAGGAUGAAAGACCUGCUGAUGCUAUUAAGGUCAUCUCCCUAUUCAGAAGUUCAGAGCAUCAUUGUGUACUGCAAGUUUCAGUCUGAGACAGAUCUAAUUAGCAGAUAUUUACGCGACAACAAUAUCUCUGCAAAGAGUUAUCACAGUGGGAUCCCUACAAAGGACCGAACCCGUAUACAAGAGUUGUUCUGUUCCAACAAGAUUAGAGUGAUUGUCGCAACGGUGGCAUUUGGCAUGGGACUUGAUAAAAGGGACAUCGGAGCGAUAAUCCAUUACAGCCUUCCCAACAGCUUGGAAGAAUAUGUACAGGAGAUUGGCCGUGCUGGACGAGAUGGGAGGGUGUCCUAUUGCCAUCUCUUCUAUGAUGACAUGACAUACUUCAAGCUGCGUAGUCUCGCUCACAGUGAUGGAGUGGAUGAGUAUGCAGUGGAUAAGUUCCUUUGCCAAGUUUUCAACAAUGGCACAAAUUUGCAUGGCCGAAUUUGUUCAAUCGUGAAAGAAUCGGCAUCUCGACGGUUUGAUAUGAAGGAAGAGGUAAUGCUUACAAUUUUAACGCAUUUGGAAUUGGGUGAAGUCCAAUACUUGCAGUUGCUUCCGCAAUUAAAUGUAACUUGCACUCUGAACUUCCAUCAGACUCAACCCGUGUUGCUUGCUGACAAGGAUAUUGUAGUUGCUGCAAUUUUGAAAAAGUCAGAACUAAGACAAGGGCAAUAUGUGUUUGACAUACCUACUGUGGCAAAUAGCAUUGGUGUCACAGCAGCAGAAUUAACUAAUCGGCUACAGCAUCUAAAGCUAAAAGGAGAAAUUACAUAUGAAACGAAGGAUUCAGCUUAUUGUUACAUGUUAGUGGAUGUUCCUGAAGAUAUUUGCUCUCUCUCAGCAAACGUGACAAAAUGGUUAUCCGACAUUGAAAGUUGUAAGGUUUAUAAACUGGAUGCCAUGAAUGGUGCUGCAGUCUUUGCGUUGAAUACAUGCGAGAGGACCAAUGGUUGUUCCAGUACCCAACACACAUGGUGCUUGCAGAGGAAGAUUAUGGAUUACUUUGACAAAGAUUACCAUUGUGAUAUCCCUACUAAGAUGACUCAAAGCAGCACCUUUUUGAGAGCAGAUAUUAAGGUUUUUCUACAAAGUAAUUCACAGGCAAAGUUCACACCAAGAGCUGUUGCAAGGAUAUUGCAUGGCAUUUCAAGCCCAGCCUACCCAUCUAUGAGUUGGGGCAGAACUCAUUUCUGGGGAAGGUAUAUGAAGGGGGACUUCCAAGUUGUGAUGGAAGCAGCGAAGGCAGAGCUUAUGAACUUUGUCGGAAAAGACACUGUCUAGUCAUUUAUGGAGAGGUAUAUUAUGUCUACGACAAUCAAACUGGAGGGUGUUUUUCAGGCUUUGGUGAUUGACAAUCUGAAACUUGACAAUAGCACUCUUGGAUUUGUAUAGACUAAAAUGAACAACACUUCUGGUUAAAUGGUUGCAGCCAUUUAAGUGCACUUAGGUGGGUUGACUAUCUCCUCCUAUUACUGACCUUCCCUUCUGGAAUUAGGCAGCUUUAUUCUGGAGAUUUGUGUGAGGAAACUUGCUUGGUAAAUGCUUGUG